AGUGAGUUUUUGUUGCUUGCUGCUUUGCGCGCAGUUCUUACGUUUAUCAGCAACUUCAUGGCUAACAGCAUUUCCAGUAGUUAACGUCAAUUCAAAGUGAACGGUGGUAAACGUUAACGAUUACGCGUGAGCAAAACGGAAAAAGUCGUCAACAUUUUCGUCACUUCGCCUUCGUACGCGUAUGCAAUUGUUGUCGUUGUCGUUGUCGUUGUCAGCGUCAUUGUCGUUGCUGUCGCCGUUGUCAGUGUCACUGUCAAACGCGUUGUAAUUGUCGCCUGUGCAGCGGAUAUUGAAUGAGUGCGCUUUUUCGAAACGAAAUCGACAAUUUAAUGAAAAUUGAAUUUUGCGCGCGAGUGUAAGUAAUCUCCUCGUACGUAAACGUAAUCGAAAAUUCAACUGUACAGGAGUAUUAUUUGAGGUUAUGUGUAGUUUGAAAAGUGCUUGAGUCCUUUAAGAAAUGUCGGCUCCAGCAUAUCUUUACUGUUAUUUGCAAACUAAAUCAGAAAGUGCGUGUGUGUGAAAAGCUGACAGCGGUUGUAGUGGAGCCUAAUUGAGCGAAACUCCGAAGUUAAGUGCACCAGUACCUUUCUGACCGCUAAAACGACAUAAAUACAUAAUAUACAAUUUAAGAUAAGUGAUUUAUUUGAUAAGUAACUAUACUUACUGGUAUAUAAAGCUUUUACUUUGAGUAAAAAUAUAACUUAUUGAUGUGUUAAUGAGCUUUGCAAGGAAAAUGCGAUCGGACACAAAGUGAAAAAAAGUUUUUGCUCGGAAAAUAAACGAAUUUUAUGCACAAUUUGCUCAUUCGGCAGAAAACUUACGCCGUCAGUUUGUUUAUUAUUGUUUUCUUGUGUUCUCAAAGUUCGCCAAACUACUCUAUUGACGAAAGACCGAAAGCUAUGAAGCAUCUUUGGAAAAAUGUGUGUGUAUUAAACGGUAAAGUUUUGGUUAUUUUUUAAGUAAAAAGCGAUAGUUAUUAAAGCAUAAUGUGUUGUGUAAAUAACUGGUGAAAACCCAUAUGAAAACCAAGUAAUAUUUAAUUAAUUAAAUAUACGUUAGUAAUGCUCUAAAAAAAAUCGAACACUUAAAAAAAAUCGAACAAAUAAUAAAAAAAAAAUAAAAAAAUUCAAAAAUUAGUUUUCGAGUUCGAAAAUUUUUUCAUUUGCUUUUUAGUAGUUGUGUCAUUCCACUAAUCUGUAUGUGACUGCGUGUCUCCGUGUUUAUAAGUUGCUUGUGUUAAAACUUCCUACAUUUAUAAAACGCAUAAAUAGAUUUUCCACAACAUUAAGCCUGUAACUAUAAGUUAUUAGUGUUUGUGAAUUUCAAAAUAAAAGACAACGAAAACAAAAAAAUCAAAGUAGUUAGUUAACAACAUAAAAAGAACGCAGAAUUUGUGUGUAAGCAGCAUACUUAACGGCAUUUUUGUAAGCUGCUUCCAGCACAACAACAUUAUCCUGACAUUGGCUGCUGUGACGCGCCUAAACGUAUGCAAAUUAUAUUUUGGCGAGGCAUCAGUUACGAAUACUUGUAAAUAUACAAAGCUCGCAUUGGGAAUAAGAUGCUGCUGCAGUGGUUCGUGAUUUGCCUGCUGGCAAUGCCCGUGCUGACGGGCACCGGCCAAAACUGCCCGACGGAGUGCGCGUGCAACGUGGACGAGCACAAUCGCCGCCAGGUGAUUUGUACGAAAGGUGGCCUCAGCGCCAUGCCGGUGAGUCAGAUCGCCAAGGAUGUGCGCGUCAUUAUCAUCAAGGGGCCGGGCAACACCAUCACCAUCGGUCACUACUUUCGGAAUUUCUCGCAUCUCGAGGUGCUGCGCAUCACCGACUCGCAAAUCCCCUCGAUGGGCUCCGAAUGCUUCUUUGGUUUAGUCAAGCUGCGCAUACUGGAUUUAUCAAGAAACAACAUCACGAAUGUAAAUCGAAAUAACUUCCGAGGACAGGAUAAUUUACAUGAGUUGGACUUGUCCAAGAAUAAGAUACUAAACAUAUCCAGUACAACGUUUGGUCAUUUAACCGAACUUCAAAGACUCAAUUUGGCUGACAAUUCCAUAUUGGAGCUCGUGCCACGCAUAUUUUUCCUGCUCAACAAAUUGCGGUAUCUGGACCUGAGCGGAAAUCCAUUGCAAGACCUGCCGCCGGAUGUGUUUCGCGAUUUGCCGGAGCUGCGCAUUUUCAAAUGCCGUAAUUGUCAAUUGAAGAAAAUCAAUCCGCAGUUAUAUAACUUAUUGCCAAUGCUGCAAGAGCUGGAUCUGGGACGUAAUGAGUUUAAAUUCCUCGACAAGGAUGAAUUUCGCGACGUGAAAAACCUCACCAAAGUCCUACUUGAUGGCAAUCAACUGUCCGUCGUUGUUGAUGAGCUGUUUCGAAAUCAAAACGUGCUGCAACACUUGGACUUAUCGUACAAUCGUCUGGCGAAAGUGCCCAAUGACUCGUUUAAACAUUUGGGCAAUUUGACGUUCCUGGAUUUGUCAUACAACAAACUGGUGAGACUGGAGCCGCAAUCAGUGCGGCGACUGAACAAUCUGCAAACGCUGAAUAUUAGCGGCAACGUGCAGAUGAAUUUGCUCGACAUGCGCGAAACAUUCGAGGUCAUACCACAGCUGACACAUCUCUCGGUCGCCGACAUGGGAGUGCUGCCGAUGGGACUGCUGGUGCCGUUCAAGCAGCUGCGCUAUCUCAACAUAUCCGGCAAUCAUUUGGACAAUAUGUCACUGCAAGUAAUCGAUCCGUGCCGGGAGCUGGAGUUUUUGGACUUGUCGCGCAACCAAUUGUACGGCAUCAACGAGGACACAGUGGUGCGCAUCCAGCGCAUACGCAACGUGCGGCUGGACAACAAUCCACUGAUAUGCGACGAGUGUCACAUGGGAAAAUUAAUAAAUGUCGUGCAGCAUCUCCAGUGGAAAUGGGAAACUUAUCCGAUUUGCUUUUUGCCGAAACCGUUGCGCGGCUCUGAAAUCACUGAUUUGGACAUAUCGAAGCUGCAUGAUUGCUUGGACUACAUAACCGAUGAGGAGCAGAAUGCAGCCAGUACUUCGCACAAUUUUCUUGAACGAGGUGGCCUUAAUACUCUCGCCAUACUUGGUGGCAUUAUAUUGGUUUUAAUUGUUGUCAUCGUACUGGCUAUGGCUGUUUGUUUUUCCAAGAGACGAGCACGUUACUAUACACGUGAGGAUCGACUGAAUGGAGGUGAGAGCGGCAAGUGUAUCGAAAAGGGUUUGGAAACUAGUAACGGAAAUGGCGUAAACGGCGGCAGCCCUCCUGAGCACGCUAAGACGCCUACCACGCCCACUAAUGAAAUCAACUUCAAAUUUCCCAUAGACGAUCGCGUUUGCACCAUCGAUGAGCUGGUGUUGCCACCCGCACCACCGCCACCUAGCAAAGAGCCGCCAUCACAGCUGCCACCGCCACCACCAGCCACAGCAAAUAGCGUACUGAAUAGUCUAACUUAUAAUAGUUGUACCGGCAAUAAUACGGCCACCGCCAUGGCGGCAGUAGCUGCAGCGGCCACCGUCAUACCACCCGGCGCGCCAUCGGCUGCGGGUGCUGCGCCAACCAUGUCGCCAGCACACAAUAAUCUACCAUCUGAGGCAAUCGUUGUUGUGCUGCCCACACCGCCAACGCAUUAUAAAACCGAACAACAACUGCAACAACCCCAGCAACUGCAGCUGACCACAAUCGAACCGCUGAUCAGUGUGAACUGACCGACGGCUAUUGAUGUUGCAAGCGCCUCAGCCACCGCAGCAGCCACAAAUAAAAAUGUCAACACACCAGCGACGACGUUGGCGUUUUCGCCAUUGACCGCGAAAACGGGGAGAACGAUAGAUAGAGGACGGCAAGUGGCGUUUAUAACCACGACGCACACGUAAGUGCUCGCAACCAAUAUGUACACAAGCUCCAAGUGUAGCGAGGCGGAGUUAUAUUUUUUAUCAUUCGAAAACAUUUAACGAUAACUAUUUUUAAGGAACAUACAAAUAAGAUUGUGUAAAAUAAAACAAAUGCGCCGUAAGCAGAAACGAUUAGAAUUGAGAAGUUCGAAGUAACUAGUAACGGAUCUAGAUAUUUGUUAUAGAACGUAUGUUUUCUUCCAAAAGUUUUUAAUAUUGAUGUUAAAACUUCAGAAUUUCUCUGUCCAACACCCACCCAAAUCUUUUUAAGCAAAAAUACUAAAUUUUUUCAAUUUAACUCCAUCUUCACUCGUUUUCUGUAAGUUCAUACCGGGUAUAUUUUUAGGCUUGCAUAGUUCGGCGGACGUAUUCUCCAUCCUAUCGUCCGAUAACUCUCCUCUCCCCAGUAGUGAAGACACUUGAGGCCUUACUACUCCCGACCUUCACACACCACUUGAGCUUAGCAAACCACCAGCAUGGCUUCCAAAAAGUGCACAGUACCAUUACCAUAGUUCGUGGCCUUAAACAGAAACCACCUUGCGAAAGAACGAUCGUCGUAGCGUUGAAUUUGUCAAAAAUCACACAACGCUACUUGAGUAUAUUGAAUAACAGCUUUCUCUAGGACUGAUGAAGUGGACCUUGAACUCGAGUUGCCGCGAGAAACUGUCUGGUUAAACUCCUUCUUAUCCAGAAUAGACACGGACGGGGAUUAGGUACGCGUUACAACAAUAAAACAUCUAGACCUUUUUAAGCGUCUGCUCUCUGAUACAUUCCAAUAAAAAUUAAACCCCAAUAACCCGUUUUUUUAAACCAUUAUUUCCAACGAAACUGUGAUUGGUCCGAGGAUUGCUAGGGAAUCCUUGCUCCUCCAAAAAAUUCACAAUAAGAAAUAUGGCAGUCUAAUUUGAAGAACAGAGAUUACUUUGAAUCGCAGUAUGAUAUGGCUCGCCAUCUCUUUGAAGUCAGCAAUCCUCAAAGCAUUUUGCACCUGCUUGCAAUCAGUAAUAAUAAGAAAUCAUCCACUGAUAACAAUUUUUAAUGAAUGUCUCAUUUAUUUAAAACAAAAAACAUGGCACGAAGAGUCAAUGAGGGAGAAGCUGGUUCAAAUAGUUAUCUUGGGGUUUUUAAGAGUUUCUAAACUAGGUAUGUUUAUUCUCAGUAUGCUAACAAACAGCAAGGUCUAAAAUCGACUUAAAAAGUAAUUGGUUUUCUUUGCACCUGCGCCCCUCUUUCUAACCAAACAACUUUUAUCUUCCAUGUUUGGUUUUCAAUGUUAAAAAGUUCUCUAAUAACUGCAAAAUUCAGUCUUCUAGUCCUAGUGAGCACCCACCUACAUAUAUACUUACUAUACUUUGCGCCAAAUUCCACCAUUGAAGCUAACGUAUGCUCAGUACUUAGUACUGACGCAUUACAUCCACAUGACACUACUUCAUAUGCAUGAAAUGUCUCCGCUUUUGAAUGUAAUUGAGCCAUUUCCAUUGAUUUAAUUGCGGAUAUUGCGCGAUUACAAGAUAUGAUUCAAUUCCGCUGGUGUCACGAUACGAAUACGCACAAGUGAAGAUGCCCCUUGACACCGGAAAAAAGCACUUCACAAUGCUACAUGCGUACACAGAUAGGUAAUGGCAGAAGCUCUUAGCUGAGCGCGCGCAUACGCAGCAAUUUAGUCAACACUCGAGAGCACUCAGUGCGAUAUGGUUCUCUUUCCGGUGAAUUUUAAUGAUUUAAUGCAGAAAAGCAUACCCAACAACAACAGGCGGUGCGCUACAAUGGCGGCUUUCGCGAAAUUCAAAAAGAAAGAAAGCGUUUCAAGCUAUUUUUGCUUCAUUUCACUCAACUGCACUUCUACUUCGGCCUUCUUUGCAUUUAUGCAUUCUCAAUUUCCGGUGCAAUUAAAUAUCACGAAGUCGCUAAUCAAAAAUUCCAUUUCUAAUUUAAAAAUACGCAAAAAUUCUCAAUUCAAUAAUUUCUAUAAUUGAACUGUACAUAUUUCGUUUUCUCAUAAAUGUAUGCUUCGAUAUUUACACAUUUCAUUUGCGCCCAAAUGUAUGCUCCAAUUACAAUCGUUUCUGCUAAGGAGCGCGUGAGGUAACCAUCUUUGGUUUACGAAAACAUAACGGUGAAUAUGUGUGUACAGCGAAAAAAUGCGAAAACCUAAUGAAGCAUAAAAUUAGGCGCGGAAGCGUGCCGCAAACGUUUCAUUUACUUGAUAAGAGAGAUUAAGAUUAAAUAUUUAGUGUGUAAUACAUGCAUUUGCUAAGUUUAAGCGAUAAUGUGUAAGCUAUACUAAUUAUAGCCUGUAAGUAGCGGCGACACAUUCAAAAUGUGAUACUAACAAAAAAAAAAACAAAUUGUGUUUAGCAAAUUAUAGCAAAUAGUGUAAUAAAUUUGCAGAACUAACGAAUCGAAUACUGAUGUAUAGGGCUAACAACAUAAGUAUAUAAGUAAUGUAGUUUAUAUAUAUGUGUAUAUAGUGUGUAAAAUGCACUCAAUGACAUUCAUAUGUAUGUAACACUUAUACCAUAUAAGCACAUUAGGGGUGUUCAUAUAAAUUCAAAUGUUUUUUUUUAAUAUAUGUGCCUCUAUAUUCAUUGAAAAUGCAAGGAGACUAUUUUUAUUUAAAACUUCAUUCAAAAGUUUACUUUUUUUAAAUUCAAAAAUUGUAAAACAGACCUCUAUCUCACAGAGAGUUCAUGCUAAAGCGUUGAAGGUGGUAACUUUGCCGCGAAAUCUGUCUAAAUAUAUUUGUGGCAAAUAAGUUGGCAACUCAGUCGAACAAACGUCUACUUUGCUUUAUAAGCAAGAUGUUCCACUGCGGUCCUCAUUUUGAUCGUAAAAGUUAAAUGUCACUUUACACGAUUUUACACGAUUUUGCAUGGCAAACACUGAAAUUCGUGGUGUGUCAAAAUCGGCAAAGGUCGGCAAAUCAAAUUUGCAGUCGUAAGCCACGAACACUUUCUCACGAACUGUCAAAAAAAAAAAAUCUUAGUAAAACUAAUUGAAUUUAAAAUUAAACAAAUAUUAUCCUAAGUGUUGGUUAGUUAGGCUUAAAGCGUUUUAAUAUUUUAAGCACAAAGCGAAAAGAGUCUUCACACCCGACCGAAAAGACAUAGUAAGUCUAAUCAUAAGAUUUCACAAUUUACAAUUUAAAAAACCGUUUAAUUAAGUUUUCUUUAAAUUUAACUUUGUUUUUAUUCAAACUUAUUUUAAAAAUAAUAUGUAACAGUAAUUAGUAAUGCAAUAGCAAUUACUAUAAUUGAACAUUAGUAUCCAUAACUAGUUUUACAUUUGAGCAAAUAUUAUACCCAUUACUUUGGUUAAUAUUUCACACAACAAAUGCUCAAAACUUAGUUUUACUCAAACAGCUUGGCUCCAUGCAUUAAGCCUGUUUUCUUAUAUGUUAUUGAAUAAGUUUAUUGAAAAGAUUAAAAUAAGCCUUAAGUACGUUUACGUUUUAACAAAGAAAUUUUAAUUAACGAUUUUCCAUAUAACACUUAUUAUAAACAUACAUUCGCUCGGUUUCAAAUAUUAAUUACGGUAUUUACAUUUUUGAAUUUCACAUGUAAGGCAGUUAAAAAUUUUACCAGCAAUAAAAAUCGAUACUCAAUUGA